AUGGCGUCUUUUGAGGCCCAGUCGAUCGCUUCCACGCCAGCGCCGACUCCUCCACCUCCGAGACCGGCAUCUCAGCACCAACAACAGCAAGCCUUGUCAGCGCAGCAACAGAUGGUGUAUAGCAUGAAUGGGACCGCCUCCAUGUCAAAUGGAGGUAUGAUGGCCCCUCCUAAUAACUUCGGUGGCUACUCGGAGGCAAAUGCGUUUGCCCAACCUGACUAUUAUGCGAACGGGCUCAAGCCGCAGAUUUACACUGCUGUCUAUUCAAACGUGUCUGUUUUCGAAAUGGAAGUCAACGGCAUAGCUGUCAUGCGACGCCGAGCUGACUCUUGGCUGAACGCGACCCAGAUUCUGAAGGUAGCGGGAGUUGACAAGGGGAAAAGAACCAAAGUGCUCGAAAAAGAAAUCACCGGCGAGCAUGAGAAAGUUCAAGGUGGUUACGGAAAGUAUCAGGGCACUUGGGUCAAUUACCAGCGCGGUCGCGAGUUUUGCAGACAAUACGGUGUCGAGCAGCUGCUCCUGCCGCUGUUGGAACACGAUAUCACGCCUGACGGUAUGUCGGGGGUCUCCCAAGGUAUUGAAACGCCAACAAAGGAGCAAGCAAUGGCGGCCCAGAGAAAGAGAAUGUAUGGUGGUGACGGCCGACCAGCUGGGCAGCCGACCGGAGGCACCUUUUUCAAAAGCAUGUCCACCACUGCGGCAAAUGCCAUUCAUGCCUUGAACAGAACACGGCUCGACUCUCCGAAUAUGGACGGACGACGCUCCACCGGACCGAGAAAACAAUCUCAAUCAUUCAGUUACAGUCAGGAUGCUGUUUACGCUAGCCAGCAGAGUAUGCCCAGCAUGACGAGUCAAGAUAGCUUCGGCACAAAUGGCGGAAUCAUGAGUCAAGGUGCUAGCUUUGUGGAAUUUCCCCCAGCAGAUUCGCAAGAGCCACCGCGCAAGCGCAUUCGACCUUCACCGCAGUCAUCUUUCCUUUAUGAUGGUGCAAUAGACCUCAGUAUGCAGGACAGCCUCCCCACAGAGCCGAACAUCUCAUUCUUUUCUCAACCCAGUCAGGCUUUCAUCGGCGCUGAUCCGCUCCCUUAUGGUCUGGAACCACUUCCCCACCCCUCUGGCCUGCUGGAGGAGCAAAAGAUGGAGCUUCUACUUGACCUUUUCAUCGACCCUUCCCGCACUGACUUUGACGAUCAUCCAGCUUUUCUGCGACUGAGCGGUGAUGAGUUCGAGGUACCAAUUGAUGGCUCAUCCAACACUGCUCUACACUGGGCGGCCACGUUGGGUCGAAUCGCUCUAGUUCGAAAGUUGCUAGAGAAGGGAUUUAACAUGCGGCGAGCAAACAGCGGCGGUGAGACCGCGCUGAUCGCGGCAUGCAAAGCGAGGAAUAAUCUCGAUCAAAAUUCUUUCCCAGCUCUCCUAGAGCUCCUUGGUCCCAGCAUCGAGGUCAGAGAUGGACGUGGCAGGACAAUGCUUCAUCAUAUCGCUGUCGCCUCUGCCAUAAAGGGUAGGGCUGCGGUGGGAAAGUACUACCUCGAGUCUUUGCUGGAGUAUGUUAUUCGACAAGGCACUUCAUCAAAAUCAAACGUGCAGCCUGACACAACGGGCGGAGUUAACAGUCAGAAUCAGUCAAGUCCUAUGACACUUGCGAAAUUCAUGUCGGAGAUUGUCAAUGCUCAAGACAAAACAGGAGAUACAGCUUUGAACCUGGCAGCAAGAACCAGCACAACUACCAUCAUUGAUCAACUGCUCGAGGUCGGUGCAGAUCCUCACAUCAGCAAUCGCGGCGGCUUGUCCCCGGCGGAUUUUGGGGUCGGCGGCGGACACGUCAACAUGUUUGACCAAACUCUUCCAGCAUUCGAACAGCCUUCAAUGGCGAAUGGAUCAACACAGAAAUCCUUCGAAGAGGCUCGGGAAGGACUCAUGACCUCGAUACGAGAAGUGCUGUCCCAGUGCGAAGCCGACUUUGCAGCCGAGAUGAAAGAAAGGAAGGAAAUUCUGGACAAGACCAACGCAGCAUUAAAGGAGUCCGGUAUUUCGCUUGCUGACGAGCGGCGACGACUAGAAGAGACUCGAGCCAAAGUGCGAGAAAAGGAUGAGCUAGAGAAGAGAAUCAGCAAUUUACGGCGAGCGGCGGCCAAACUUCGCGGAGAGCUGAGCGAAACGAACCCACUAAACACGAUCCAAGACAACGUCCAGGUGGGCGAAGCAGACAGAGGCCUGGAUCUUGAGGGACAGCUCCCGCUAAUGGCGCAAUUCUUCCCUGAUGGCGAGGCAGACGCCAGCAUGAUGGGAUUGAACCAAGAGCAACUCAACCUCUUGGGAAGCCUGGAAAGAGCGGAGGUUGUGUCGGGGCGUGUGCAGGUGUACCAGCGACACAACCAACACUUGGAGCAGAUGGCCAAGACGCUCCGAGCUCGCAGUGUGGAGCUAGAAGGACGGUACAAGAAGAUUGUGAGCCUGUGCACGGGCGCUGAUGAAGAUAAGGUUGAUGAGCUGCUGGAUGGUCUAGUGCAGGCCGUCAUCAGCGAACAGAAGGAGAUGAGCAACAACUCACAGCUGGGACGAGUUAGGGACUUUUUGAGGAUGGUGCAAGGGUCCAAGGACUAG